GCACAUUUUUUUCUAUUGUAAACUAAACGUGCGAAUGAUAACAUUACCUAUAAUGCUUAGCCAGUUAGCCACGACGUUUGCAGCUUUCCAGUUUUGCAUUUCUGUUAGCAGGGGAGACAGCUGGCUAGCUAGCUAGUGUAAUUAAAUAGCAGCCUGCAUGGCGAAGAUGAUUUUUUUUCUGGAUGCUUAUAGCUUGCUAGAUUGUUUAUUGGGUGAUUGUCGAAAUUGCUUACAGAAGAAUACCACUCUGUAUUGUCAAUAUAAAACGAAUUAUGUUGUUUCGUUGGCUGCCCAAGUAGUUAUCCGUAUAGUUAGUUGUAUUAGCACUGACGGGGAAACUAAAGUGCACAGGUUAGCGCUUAUCUGUGUGUAGCUAUAUUGCUAGCUAGCUAGCUUGAUCAAAAUGAAACUGGCUAAACAUCUAAAUUGAAGUAGUCUGCAAUCGAACUUUUUAUGUACACUUAUUCCAAAGUUUUGGGCAAUCAAAUAGCCACUAUUAAAGGCAAGUGUUAACCGUUUUAAUGGGAUCUAUUCGUACCAGAUUUUCAAAUUAUCUCUGUGACUCACUUCGUUAGUCAGAUUAUUUAGCUUUCUGUUGGUCGGUAUGACGGAAAUCCCCCUAGUCCAUGUGUGCAUCAGAACAAAGGGUAAACCAGUAGGAUUUCCUAGAGGAUUACCGAUUUGCAGAAUUCAAAGUGUCUCAAUGGAUUUUAGAAAUGAAAGGUGACAGCUAGCUUGCUUGUCAGUCAAAAUCAAAUAAUCAGAUUGCAUGACGAGUGCUUAAUCACACAUUAUUUGAGUGGUAAACGUCUAUUAUAUUCGGCUUUUAACGUGCACGAAAAUACAAUUUGUUAUCUGUGGUAUUCUGUUAAAUGCAGCUAGUUCGAUUAUGUAAAUAAUAGAAAAUAAUAUUUACAUAUUACGUAAGGCAUGAGGUGGCAUGCUUAGAAACACGACCCGCUGCAGAUCUUUACGGCAUUUUACACAGUGCAGGAAAAAUUGGUUACUUUUACAUUUUUUUUUCUUUUACAUUUUGCAAUUUAGCGAUGGUUUGGCUGUUUGGUUAUCGUUAUUUCAUGCCUGUGUCACAUAUCUCACUGGCCUAAUGCUCAGUAAUGGGCCUGAAAGAGCAAUGAGGAGUUGGGCUGUGUUAUCAUUAUCACAAUUAAGCUAGUUAAUGUUUGCCAGCAGCUAAGCCAUCUUGUACACUUCCUCGGAAAUGACUCCUUGUUCAGUAUGGUCUUGUUUGACUGGGAUGCAUUCUAGGAAACUAGGACUGAGUUCAGAUUACAAACAGGUUUGAGCCUUUCAGAGUAUCGCUGAUGGUAGGUCAAGUUCAGGGCGAAGAAAAUGUGUUCCGCAGCUCAUUCAAAUAUGUGCAUUACCUACAACUUUGCUCAAGACUCCCGCUUACCAGCUUCAUCUAAUAGUAGCCUUGGUUUGUCGAUAUGAGGUGCUGUUCUUCACUUACGAAGUAAAACCAAUGUCAUCUCUCUCUCUGUAGGAUAUACGAAAACAAGUUUGUGAUUUACUUUUAAAUGACCAUUCAAAUUAACUUUAUCGUACAGUUCCAGGAAGUGUGCAAACAGGCAAGAAAGCUGAAUUAUCUUUCAUUCUCAAAGGGAAAAAUGACUGGUAGAAACCAGAAUUAUGGUUUCCAGUCUGCCACAACGGUGCAGCCAGCCAACGGAGGACACGCAUACAUUUUUGGGAACAGCGUGGCCGCGGAAAAUGAGUUUUCCGAGGAGGACAGCGACUCCUAUGAGCUGCGACCGAGAGGGAGAGAAAGGCUUCGCAGGCCUGCAUCAAGAGACAGGAUAGAUGACAUCAUCUAUCUGGUCCGAGAAAUCAAGGAAGGAGACACAUUAAACGCCAUUGCUCUCCAGUAUUUUUGCUCGGUUGCAGACAUAAAAAGGGCCAACAACCUGCUGACAGAGCAGGACUUCUUUGCCUUGAGGUCCCUCAAGAUCCCCGUGAAGCGCUUCAGCGCUCUGACGGAGUCCGUCAGGCCUGCGGGUCUCCAUCCUGGAACCGCCCGAGCGCAGCCGCCGGCGGGGGGAGGAGCCGCGGCCCCGGAGCCGCCCCCGUCCUCGACCUCGUCCACCGACAGCGCUGGCAGCUUCCUGCAGGAGAAGGACCGCGACAUCGAGCUCCUGGUCAAGUCGGCCGCCCCCUCGGCGGGGGGCCUGAGCGAGGUGGUCUCCUCCCUCGGCCUUCAGCAGUGCCCGGCCGACCCCGAGCGGAGGCAGGCCCCCCGGAAGGACCCCUACUACGGGGCCGACUGGGGCAUGAGGUGGUGGACGGCGGUGGCCAUCAUGCUGGUGGUGGGCAUCGUCACCCCGGUCUUCUACCUCCUGUACUACGAGGUGCUGAUGAAAGCCGACGUCAGCCACCACGCCGCCACCGACCCGACGAGGCCCGCCGCCGGUCCGCCCGCCAAGCUGCAGGGAGGGGCGGGGCCGAACGCGCCCCUUCCUGCCGAUUCGCGGCUGGGUAGCGAUCCUCGCCCACACUUUCUGAUGCAACGCCGCGCGCCCAAGGAGAGAGACUCUGUUCCUGAGGACGAGGGAACAUAGCACUACUGAGUUCAAAACCUAAACCCACUGGACAGUGUGCAAUCUAAUAAAGUUUUAUGAGAACAUAUCUACUGAUACGCAAUCAGUUCUGGAGUACGAGAAAAUAAACGAAUAAAAGAGGACACGAGGACAUUCUCUUCGCCUGCAUUUCAUUUUUUUCUGCAAAAAGAUGAAGCAUUUUUUAAAUACUGGGAUUUAAAUGUCAUGGGAUUUCCAUAAUAUGAACCAUGUCUUGGGUUAUGCAGCCUUGCUUCUUUAAUCCUUGUUUGCAUGUAGUUUGUACACAUUCAGAUUUCUACCCAUGUGAUUAAUAACAGGAAAUAUUCCCUUGAAUCAGUCUUGGUCUCCUGGUUUUAAUGCAAGUGCCGACCAAUUUUUUCAUUUAAAAUCAAGUGUUGUGAAGGGGAAUUUAGGCGAACGACUAAUGCAAGUUAAUUGCAUUUUAGUGUAAUGCUGCUGAACGAUCUAGUUCUUGCUCCCUCUCAUUAUCCCUAUCUGGAUUUAAUACAGUAUUUUUCUGAUUGAAAAAAGAUGACUUUUUCCAUUCAGAAACCUAAACUAAUUUUAUAUGUCAACCAGACUACUGCAAAUGAUAUGGUGAAUGAUAUCAAUAUUGUAAUUUAUUUAAUAGAAAGAUAUAUAUUUAAACUGUCAGUAUUGAAAUGAAUGUGCCCUUUCUCUUUUUUCGUGAACACACAGCUUUUAAAAAGGUUUGCCUUCCAUUGAAAAAGUGCAUUUUUGAAUAACUGCAGGCGUGCACUUUCCUCUUGGCUUGUUUAUGAAAUGGAAAUGUAAAAUGCAUUUAUAUUUCCAAUUGCUGUAUUUAAGUUGUAAUAUUUUUUUCCAACAGUACUGUACAUCAGUUACAAGAUGUUUCUUUUUGUGGAAAUGAGGAUUUGAGAGUUCGUGCCUUCGCCCUGUGUUCUACUAUAGCAGGAGCUGAUGAAGUACUAAAUAAAUAUAUUUUGAGUAA